UGGCGCCUUCCCCUGGAGAACGCCGGGAAUGGGUCCUCCCGGAAGUGACCUCACCGCCUCCUUGCGCAGUGCCCGAUCCUACCGGAAGUGGCAGGCGGAAGCCGAUGAAUCCCGUGCUGUGGAGGGCGAGGCGCAGGUGCGAUCAUGGGUCGCGAGUUUGGGCAUCUGACGCGGAUGCGCCAUGUGAUCACCUACAGCUUGUCGCCCUUCGAGCAGCGCGCCUUCCCGCACUACUUCACCAAGGGCAUCCCCAAUGUGCUGCGCCGCACUCGGGCGUGCAUCCUUCGUGUUGCGCCGCCAUUUGUAGCGUUUUAUCUUGUCUACACAUGGGGAACCCAGGAGUUCGAGAAAUCGAAGAGGAAGAAUCCAGCUGCCUAUGAAAAUGACAAAUGACCAACUCAUCAGGAUGAUGGUUCCUUGUCUCUGAAAGACCCAUCUCUGGGAGAAGAGUCCACAUUGUAGUGUCUUGAAGACACAAUAAACUUUCUAUGGGCUGCACUGUUACGAUUUUGCGUUUUUGUGAGCAUAAUCCUUGGAUGUGACUGGUAAUUUUCAAGUUCAUGAAUUCUUCUCCCAGCAUGAGUCCUGAACCAUUUUGGCUAGUGUAAGUUUGGUGAAGGAGUGUGGCUCACCUUUGUUCUGUAAUCCACAAGAAUGUAGCUGCAGCUACUCCUGUACUUGACCUGUUGUGAAUAACACAGACUACAGCGAAUGUUGGCUUUCUGCCCUCUGCUCCCAUGACAAUAAAAUCUCCUAACUAUUGUAA